GAUAAAGAAGUAUUCAAAAGUGCGUUAAAACCACGAGAAUAAUAGUAUUGAGUCAUAUUUGGACGUCAAAUAUAAAGAGACCCCCGAAGGUUUAGGCAUACGAUUUGCCAUGAAGACUUUCAUCGUGAUUUUGUUGGUGUCAUUGUCCAUACUCGUGCCUCAAUCACAGGCCUUGAAAUGUUUUACCUGCGACAAUGUUGGAUCUGGCGAGGUUUGCAUUGAGAACCCUGAGCAGGUGCAAAAUGGCGUCAGCGAUUGCCAAGAGCCCAAUGACGAGUUUUGCUAUACCAGCAGACUCGAGGAAGAAGAUGGCAAGCUGACUUUUAACCGCGGGUGUUGCAAAGUAAAAGACGGAAGCCCGGUUUGUCCGCCUGGUGACGACUUUCAGAUCAUCACCAACAACAACCCCCCCUACACCAAGUACUUGACUCGUUGCACGGAGGAUGUGUGUAACACGGAUGCUGGAAAUGAAGGUGGGUCCAAUUCCGACGGUGGUGGAUCCUUGGUGGUUCCUGGAAAUAAGCCAUCCUCGGCCUCCAAGGCUUCGGCUAUGAUCUUAGUACUACUAAUGUCAGCUCUUUGGGCUCAUAUGUGUUGAAUGACAGGCUACUUCACUAAUGUCAAAUGUCGCGGCGAAAAUAUACAAAUAUAGCAAAUUA